AAGCGUUCGCGAGAGUUCAUUGGUAACGUCGUUAGAAAUCUAAGAUGGCGGCUGAUGAAGUAAACUUACGAAAUUGUGCUCUGUUAAAAAUCGUUCGUGAUUUUGUCGUUUAUUGAACAUUGUCAGUUGACAAUUCCGAUUCGUCUUUAUGUAAUAUCGGUCUAGGAUCACUCAACAACCGAAACGUGCCACGCGAGGAAGUGAGGAUAUAAACAUUUCUCGAGCCACGGGCUUACAAUGUCAGUAAUCGCCUCAAAGCCAUGCCACGAGAAAGAGAAUUUAAAAUCGACGGAGGAGGAUGAUUGGAAGAUGCAGCUCGCAUUUUGCAAACCGCGGCACACCGCGACGAUCGAAGGUGUGAAUUGUAUCACGCAGACAUGGAGGAUGAAGGAACGGAUGAAAACCGUGAGCGUGGCUCUGGUUUUGUGUUUAAAUGUCGGCGUUGAUCCACCGGACAUUGUCAAGACGCAACCGUGCGCUCGUCUUGAAUGUUGGAUCGAUCCUUUGUCAGUAAGUCCACAGAAAGCUUUAGAAACUAUAGGUUCCAAUUUGCAAAAGCAGUACGAACGAUGGCAACCAAGAGCUCGCUACAAACAAAGUUUAGAUCCCACCGUCGAGGAAGUUAAAAAGUUGUGUACUUCCUUAAGACGAAACGCGAAGGAAGAAAGAGUUCUGUUUCAUUAUAAUGGUCAUGGUGUUCCUAAACCUACUAGUAAUGGUGAAAUAUGGGUAUUUAAUAGAACAUAUACACAAUACAUUCCUUUGUCUGUAUAUGAUUUACAAACAUGGAUGGGCGCACCUAGCAUCUAUGUAUAUGACUGUUCCAAUGCAGGUAUUAUUGUAGAGUCCUUUCAACAAUUUGCAGAACAACAUGAAAAGGAAUAUGAGAUGGAAAAGCAAGCAGUUCAGCAGAAUCGUGCGACUGGGGUUGCAGGUGCUAUUGCACCAUCCUAUAAAAAUUGUAUUCAAUUGGCAGCAUGUGCAGCUAAUCAAAUUUUACCUAUGAAUCCAGAUUUACCUGCGGACAUAUUUACAUCGUGUCUUACAACUCCAAUAAAAAUAGCAUUACGAUGGUUUGUUAUGCAAAAUACAUCGAAAUUAGUACCAAAAAUAUCAUUAGAUUUAAUUGACAAAAUUCCAGGACAAUUGACCGAUAGAAGAACAAUGUUAGGAGAACUUAAUUGGAUUUUUACAGCAAUUACUGAUACUAUAGCAUGGAAUACAUUGCCAAGAGAUUUAUUUCAGAGAUUAUUUAGACAAGAUUUAUUAGUAGCUAGUCUGUUUAGAAAUUUUUUACUUGCUGAAAGAAUACUUCGCUCAUACGAUUGCACUCCAGUUUCUUGCCCAAAACUACCACCUACUUAUCAGCACCCUAUGUGGCAAGCAUGGGAUUUGGCACUUGAUCUCUGCUUAGCACAAUUACCGUCUAUUCUUGAAAAUGAAGAUCAGUUUAUGCACUCGCCCUUUUUUGAAGAACAAUUAACAGCUUUUCAAGUAUGGCUUACACUGGGUUCUAAAAAUCGGAAUCCUCCAGAGCAACUGCCAAUAGUACUACAAGUAUUAUUAAGUCAAGUUCAUAGAUUAAGAGCAUUAGAAUUACUGGGGCGUUUCCUUGAUCUUGGCCCAUGGGCAGUGAAUUUGGCUCUUAGUGUUGGCAUUUUCCCAUAUGUUUUAAAAUUACUUCAAAGCAAUGCCAGAGAACUACGUCCGUUACUUGUUUUCAUUUGGGCGAAAAUUCUUGCAGUUGAUAGUACUUUAUUUCAGACUUGUCAAGCAGAUCUGGUACGAGAUGGAGGGCAUAAAUAUUUUCUAUCUGUUCUUCAAGAUACUUCUAUACCGAGUGAACAUAGAACGUUAGCAGCAUUUGUUUUGGCUAGCAUUGUAAAUGACUAUCGACCGGGUCAGGUAGCUGCAAAUCAUGGUAGUCUUGUUUCAAUUUGUCUGGAACAACUUGGAGAUUCAAAUGCUUUGUUAAGACAAUGGUUAUGUUUAUGCCUUGCGAGACUUUGGCAUAAUUAUGACAAAGCAAGAUGGUGUGGAGUCAGAGAUAUUGCUCAUGAAAAAUUAUUUACAUUAUUACAAGACCCCGUUCCUGAGGUUCGAGCAGCUAGCGUUUAUGCUUUGGGAACAUUCAUAAAUAGUGUAACGACACGAAGUGAGCAUGCAAAUAAUAUUGAUCAAAUCAUAGCUAUGACGCUUAUUAAUACCGUAUCUCAUGAUAUGUGUCCCUUAGUUAGAAAAGAAUUAGUAGUAGCACUUCAAUGGAUGGUAUUACAUUUUGAAAAUUCCUUUGUAACAUUAGCAUUAGCUGAAGAAAAUAGCCGAAAAGACCUCGUAGUGGAGACAUUAUCGCCGUUUAGUGGAAUGAGACGCAUUAGUUCUAGAGAUAGAUUAAAAAUGCUUUCUCCGAACAACACGUAUAGUGCGGACAGUACAGAAGGAUUUGGUCAGGAUCGUAUUAAGAGAGUGUCGUCGUCGUCAUCUAUUAGUAGUUUAGGAAAUAAUUGGGAGUUCGUGAGGAAACCUUGCGAGUCACUUGGACACAGUUCUCUUGGAAAUUUACCAAGUCUUUCCUAUGGUAGUGUAUAUAUGAAAUUGUGGCAUGGAUUGUGCAGUCUUGAUAGUGAUCCUCAUCCAGCAGUUGCUACUAUGUCUCAGAAGGUCACUAAUCAUAUUCGAAAUCAGGUUAAAGAAUCUUCUGCACCUAAAGAGGUAAUUGAAACAAAAAUAUCUUCAUCAUUGUCUCUUCCGCCUUCUCCUUCAAAUCGUACUACAUACUUAAGUAAUACCAAAGGAGAAUCACCGCCUACGGUAAAUUCUGGAACAGAUUUGUUACGCUCAUCAAGAAUACCAUUGCAUAGUAAUCGUUCAAGAAAACCUAUUCCUAAUACAAUUUCAGAGGAAGCAGAUGAAGUUGCUGGAAUUAAAACACCGUUAACAACUUCACAGUUUGUUGAAUGGAGUUGUGCUCAAUUUGCUCAACCUGUUAGUUUAGAAAUUGAAACUGAAUCAAUGAACGACAUGGAAAGUAGAGCACAUUAUGAAAGAGAGUGGCGGUACUUAAGAAAUAAGAAACAAAGACGUGAAGCAAGAGAAGAACAAUUACGCUCAGUACAAAGUAGAGUAGAAUCCCAAAUAUUUCAUACAAGGUGUUCACAUUCUCCAGAAGUUCUAACAUUUCAUCCAUUUGAACCUCAUUUGGCUGUAGCAUUGAAAGAUUACUUUGGGAUAUGGGAUUAUCAAACUGGUGCAAAAUUAACUUAUUGUGCAAGUCAUGGAAAUAAAAUGUCACGUAUCACAGCGCUGGAAUUUAUUAAUGCUCAUGAUGUAACGUUAUUAAUGGCUGGAUCUGACGAUGGUUCGGUUAGAGUGUGGAAAAAUUAUAGUAGCAUGUUAAAUCGCGAUCCAGUUUUACUUACUGCUUGGCAAGCAAUAGUUGAUAUACAACCUGCAACAAAAACAACGACAGCAACAGCUGGCUUAGUUACUAAAUGGGAGCAAAAAUCCCUUACAUUAGCUGUAACGGGUGAUGUUCGUAUUGUUAGACUAUGGGAUGCAGAGACUGAAUUAAAGAAACAAGAUAUACCAACAGGUGCUGAUUGUUGUGUUACGUGCAUUGAUGUUGAUGGCGUAGGUGCAAUGAUGGCAGUAGGUUGUGGAGAUGGUUCAGUUCGUUUAUUUGAUAGAAGAUUGCCCCCUUUAGAAUCAAGAGUUAUGAUUUGGAGAGAGCAUACAGCAUGGGUGCUAGGCACAUCUUUGAGAAAAUGUGAAAGAUAUGCGCCACAACUAUUCACUGGAUCAUCUUCAGGAGAUAUUAGAAUAUUUGAUCUCAGAAAAAAUUCUUCCGUAAGCACUGUACAGAUAACACAGGGUAUCACAGCAUUGGCAGCACAUGAAAUGGCGGAUAUUUUUGCGUGUGGAUCGACGAAUCACUGUAUAAGUGUAUACAACACUAUGGGUCAAAACUUAAACACAAUAAAAUUUCAUGAAGGAUUUAUGGCCACUCGUAUUAGCCCUGUAAGUUGUUUAAGUUUUCAUCCUUAUCGUGUGAUUCUAGCAGCUGGUUGCGUAGACAGUACCAUCACAGCAUAUGCGUCUGAACCACGCAGAUGACUAAUAGAGAUGGAAUUGUUGUAAAAUUAUUUUUAUAAAUACAAACCCAUAGUACUUGAUACUCUUAGCACUAAUAGUCAGUAAAAAGAAAUGUUAAGAGUGUAAUGUUGAAUUUUAUUUGAAAAGUCAGAGGUGAAUUCUUAUUUUUCACUUGUGCUACUGCGUUUUUUCGUGCAUAAAACCGUCUUGCUUCGGGAUUCAUUGAUAUAGAGUUCUUGUGAAUAGUUCUUGUGAUUACAAAACUUGUGAAGUAACCAAAGUCUUUAGAGACGACCAAAGAGAAGAUAAUACAAACUAUAUGUGCAAGAACAAAGUAAUAUUUUGAAACGCAGUUGAACAAAAAAUUUGAUGUUCUUAUAUGAAUAUGAAUAUAUGCGUAUGUGAUGCAACGAAAAAGAUUUGAAUGCAUGUACGAAUGUGUUUAAUAUUUAAUAAAGCUAACCUUCGCAA